ACAACAACACCAACAACAACAACAACAACCAUAGCAGCAACGAAUGAAGUUUAUACUACCUGUAAGUAAUUUGUACUGGAUAAAUAAUGCAUAAAAGACUGGGAUAUAUGUUUUACCCGCGGGAUCCAAUUACUUCAAAAGGGAGGGGGCAGCAAUUUCCACCUGUCAAAAUUGCUCGAUAUUCGAUCUCUAACAAGGGACUAUUUACUAUCAAAGAUUAACAUUAUCAUCAUACCUUUAAUCUCAUUAUCAGUCCAUCCACAUACUGUGACAGCUUUAGUUAUCCUAUUGGCAUUAAUGUUCUAUGCUGCAACCAGAUCAAACUACGAAAGCACGGCUGACAAUAUCAAAUUAGGCAUAUUUGCAGCUAUUGCCUGUUUUGUGUGUAUCGGUAUGCUGCAGUUUCCAGACGGACCAUUUGUACGCCCAAGUAAACCGAUUUGGAGAGCUGUUCUUAGUCUCAGUGUCUUAUAUCAAUUAUUUUUGGUCUUUUUACUAUUCCUGAACAAAGACGAUGCUCGAUAUUUUAUGACAUUUUUUGAUUCCAGUUUAGGUGUUGAUUUACCUGAAAGAUCAUAUGCAGAUGCAUGUGCACUUACAUGGGACAAUGUGAAGAAUCAAAUGGAUAUUUUUGUGCUAGCACAUGCCUUGGGAUGGUUUGGUAAAGCAUUAAUUCUGAGGGAUUACUGGUUCUGUUGGAUUAUUUCUAUCGCUUUUGAAUUAUGUGAAUAUUCGCUACAACAUCAAUUAAAUAACUUUGCUGAGUGUUGGUGGGAUCAUUGGAUUCUCGAUGUUUUGAUCUGCAACUGGCUUGGUAUUGUUGUUGGUAUGAAGUUCUGCCAAUAUUUCGAAGUGAAGCAAUACUCCUGGGUUGGUUUCAGACAGAUUAAAAGUUUCCGCGGAAAAGCAAAGAGGGCCGUUCAGCAAUUUACACCUAAAGAUUGGACGAGAUACGAGUGGAAGACGACGAGUACUCCCAAAAAUUAUUUCGGUACUCUCAUUCUAUUGAUUGUGUUCCUCCAAUGCGAAUUGAACUGCUUCUAUUUGAAAUACAUUCUCUGGGUACCACCCGAACAUCCUUUGAACACAUAUCGCUUGAUUCUCAUGUUCUUAUUUGCCCUUCCAGGCGUGAGAGAAGUCUACCAAUAUUUGUCUGAUAACAACACACGCCGUUUAGGUGCUCAUGCUUGGUUAAUGAUCUUUAACAUCAUGACUGAAACCUUAAUCUGCAUUAAGUUUGCCGAGAACGAAUUUCCUACACCUGCACCUAUGAUUGUAAAAGUGGGAUGGUCAAUUGUGUUCACAGUUCUCUUUGUCAUUUUCCCUCUUUGGCGAUUCACAAGACGUCAGCCUACUGCAGCAGCAGAAGGCUCAGCAGUAGCCACACCAUUGGAAAAUAAUGAUGUUGACUAUAUGGACUUUAGAAAGACACAAUAAUACCGUUAGUUAAAUAGUAAUUAUAAUCAAUAAUGAUGCACAAAGAUGUGAUUAAUAAUAAAAAAGGUAAACAGUGUCAUAGCACUAUACCACAACCGAAGCCAUCAUGCCAAACCCAACCUUUGAUACGCCUAAGAUCCAAUUAC